AUGGCCUCAGGAAGCUGUGCUUGUCACUAUAUCCGCUACACAACAUCAGUUCCGCCCACCUCACUGAUCAACUGCCACUGUAAAACAUGUCGAAAGCAGGCGGGCGCUCCCUAUCAAUCCUGGGUGCACUUUCCACCUGAUAACAUCCAGUGGUCAGUCGAGCCGACAGUGUGGAAAUCAAGUGAUGAUGCCUAUCGCACCUUUUGUCCUCAGUGCGGCUCGACACUUACCAUGAAAAAAUACCCUAACGAGGUGAGCCUGGCAGCUGGCACGCUUGAUGAUAGUCCUGAAUGGAAAGCUCAAGUAUCACCACCGACCAAGCACAUCUACUUGGAGGAAAAAGCAUCCUGGUUUGAGUUGCCGGAAGAUGGAGCAGCUAGGUGGGACCGCGGGAGCGAUAGAUCGUGA